UUUCCUGCGAGGUAGCAAAAAGUCUUUUCCCUCGAAAAAUGCAACACAGAUCAUUACGUUCGAGCAAUUCCAAGGAAUCUUCGUGGAGCACCUUCAACUACAGAUUCCUUUACUGGUAUCCUUCCUUGUCGGCGGUUAUGGUAACAUAUGGAAGAUGUGCCCAAGCCCCCUCCUGUCUGUCAUGAUGAAGGGAUGUGUUGAGGCCUGUCGGGAUCAUACAAACGGCGGUACGAAGUAUCAUGAUCUGGGCUUCAUGUUUGUGGGCGCCGCCAAUGCCAUCGAUUCGCUCUACGCCAUCAAGAAGCUCGUGUACGACCCGCUCACCGCGCUGACAACACUUCCGGAUCUCCUGACUUGUCUGAAGUGCGACUGGGGCCACGACAUGAAGGAGUACAUCUUCGAUGCACGAGGAGGAUCAGCAAGAAAAGAAGCAAAAGCAUCCGCUUUCAAGCAUCUUCGAGAAGUUGCCACGUCCUUUCCUAAGUUCGGCCACGGUGAAAAUGCAGAGCUAAAGGAGCUGGGAACUUGGAUGUUUGAAAACGUCUUGACGAUACUUCGGGAGACCUUCGACAAUGCAAAACCUGGAGUGAAGGAGACCUUUGAACGAUUGGAGAAGGAAUAUUACAUCCCAGGAGACCCAGACAACCCAGAGAGACGGUUCGGCUUCGUGGUGCUGCCAGGAAUAGGCACGUUCGAGGCGUACGUCGGGUACGGACUCAACAGCGCUGCGUCGGCAGACGGGCGGCGGAGCGGCCAGCCGAUAGCGUCGGACCUGAGCCCGGCACCAGUACCCCAGGACCUGCCUGCAAACCCGGACAGCUGUGACAUCUACAAAGCGCUGAAAUGCUGGGACAUUGAGCGCAUCAACUUGGGCCUGUCGUGCGGUUCUGAGGUGGAUCUGAUGAUACUUGAAGACUUCCCACUGGACAAGCUGACCGAGUUCCUGCGACGCUACGCGGAUCUGGACGGCCCCAUUGGCUCCAACGUCAUCACGGUGACCUGUGCGAAUCCGGAAACCCUGGAGAAGGCCUCCAAAGUCACCGAUGCCUACGAGCUAGUGCGCGUGCGCCAGGGCGGCUGGACAGAGUUCUUCAUCACCCUGUUUCCUGAGCACCAGGGACAACUGCGGCGACGCAUGUACGUCCACCCGCCAAGAAUGGACGGCAAACCAACCACUAGUCGCACAUAGCCGGUUGUGACAUCCCACAUGACAAUGUUGGCUUUAUAAGGUUUUCUUUUCUGAUUGUGUAUUUGAGUUGGUUUGAAGUUGAAUUGACUACCCAUAUAAACAGAAGAGCAUUGCUUUAAAUUUUUGUACUUGAAUUGCCGUGUUGAUGUGAUUUGGAGGAUUUCACAACAUAGCGAAAGGCCCUUGUUCUACAGACGGUUAAUGGAAUAUCUGAACGGCUUGUUGUAAUCUGUGGUUGUGAAUUAUAGGUUACAAUUUCUAACUUAACUUGUGGCUAUUGACAAAUGAGACUAGCCUCAGACCUCAGACGUUCAGAGCGUUAAAAGAAAUGAUAAACACAUUGUGUAGACUCUGUACUAUUCAUAGCCUAGAGACCGUCGAAUGCCUAUUGACUAUUUGAAAUUGAGAAAUGCAUUAUGGAGCAUGAGGUUUGACUUUCUUUUGUGACUAUAUUCUUCAAAAUCUUUCCCGGAAUACAUAUAUAUUGACAAGUAAUCACACUUGAUUUUGAAGUUUGCUUUAUUCUGUAUUAGCGUGUGCAUUGUUGUGUUGUGUCAGAUAGUAAAACGCUUUUAGUUUUGUCAGCAAUUCAGUACUCAAUGGACACUUCUUUAGGCAACAACCGGUGUCAAAAAUUGCGCAGGCACUUUUAACCCCCCCUCCCCAGUCUGGAUAGGGUUAAUGAGUUUUAUACCAAUUAGAAAUUACCGGGAUAAGAGUUAAGAUAAGUUAGGGCGAAGGUUUCUUUAGACUAUUAAACCAGUGUGUGAUGUUUGGCACAGUUUCAUCAUAGUUUUACUUGAAUGUUUUUUUUAUUCUCAAGAAAUUGAGUCAAGAAUAUUCUAGACAGAGGUCAGGUUAAGUGUGACGGAGUUUAAUUAAUUAAAGAUGAACUCAACAUUUACGCCAAUAUGACAUUAUGCUUGAAAUUCAUGCAUCAUAUAGAAUUCGCUGUUAAUCGGUGAAUAUUCUAAAGCUGUUCUUCAACCAAAUUUGUCUGUAAGCUGCAAAAACGAGAAACAUUUUCGCUUAAUUCAAGGCAAGGAUUCCAACAUCUCAAGGAUUCGAAAUUCCAUAUUGGGAAUUCUUCUAUGGCGUCAAGAGAAAUGUUUUACAAUAGAUGUCACACGUUACACUUAACCCCCAUGCGUUAGUGUACACUGUGAACAACUAUCAUCUGAUGAUCAUACGCUGGCUGCAUGCAUUUCUAAUAAAUUGAA